GGUGAUUGUUCUGUUUUCUUGCCAGGGACAUUGGUCGUGUGAACUCUUGUAGGAGUCAGGAGCCCUGGCAGUUCUGCUGGAACAAUUUGUAUAGUGGGGGUGCUGAGAGCCAUUGAACCAAACUGUAAACCCUGGAUAUGAUGGAAAUUGCUUCAAGCUUGGGGGGCAACAGCACCCCUAGUUCCAGCACUUCUGUGCUCUGGACCCCAAGGCCUGCUUUGCACUAAGAUGUGUAGCCUCCUAGCAGCUAGUCAGGGAAGGGAACCAUGUUACAAUAAGCUCCUGUCCUGUUGAAAGGAAGCGAUCUGGCCACUACUCUCCACGUGCUCCAUAAUCACAGGAUGCCAGGGCCUGGGGCUUUGAGAAAAAAACACCAAGCAACCCAAGACUCCCAAGAAAAUUGUGAGAGUUGGCAACAUUGAGAAGUGCCCCGGGACAAUUAUCCUCAGCAUUUCUACAGCACAGGGCAUUUACUAAUUGAGAUGGGUAGGGAGUCACUGAGAGCCUGGGGUGUCCCCAACUGAGUCAUUAUUGUCCUGGCUUUAAUUUCUGACCCUCCUGAAUCUUGCCAAGUAAUCAACAGUUGCCACCUGCUCAAUGUCUCAUGUGGUCAGGUUAAUACUGCACUGCUGUAGUCUGGAGGCUCUUUGGGCAAUGGCAAUGGAGUGAGUUUUGUCCCAAUUAAUAACCUGCCCAAUGCUCGCUGCUGUUGCCUGAGCAGGUUGGUGAAUCACUGCAGCUGAUGUUGGCCAAAGUGAGCUAACAAGACCAUGUCAUUGGUAUAGUCAAGUUCUCAAAGCAGCAUGGAGUUCAGCUCCACACCACGGACAGCUGCCUCCUCAAGCGUAUCCCUCAGCCAGUCAAUGCUGAUACUCCUGUGGCAUGUGUUGUGUCUGUGUGGCUGGUUGGGGGCUAGCAGUGGUUAUUGCUAUGAGGAGUGGGGGUGGAGGCAGUGACUCUGUUAUCCACACCCCACACCCCAUUCCCCUGUCUCACCCCUUUCCCUUCUAUGAAUUUACCCUCCCCAGGGGUAAAUCAUGGCCCUGUGCUCCCUGCACCCACUCUCUGCAAUGUCCUAGAGGAGGCACCAAGCAUAGAGAACCUAGGGCCCAUCGGAUGGAAGGUGGGACACUGACCCCAAAGCAGAGGCACAUCAGGGCAAUUUCUGCCCCUGUGCACUUAAUGUCAUCCAACCAGAUGGGGUCAGAUCCUUCAGCAAACUGAGUCCCACCCGGUGCUGAUAAUGCCGUCCCACAGUCCAACUGCCUGCUUUCUUCUUCCGCAUCAUUUAAGUCACAGCUGUCAUUCCACAGGCUAUGUCACUCCAAACCCGGCUUAGCUUGUGCACAGGGCCCAGCCAAACUGAUCUAGCCAAUUGAAACCAACAGAAGUGUCCACAUGGUUUUGCACCAGUUUAACUAAAGUGGUUUUUAAGCUGAUUUAAUUUAAAUCAGGGCAAAUUUUGUGUGUGGACAAUGUCCAUCCUGGCUCUUGCACUGGUUCCCAUCACCCUAGUGUCUGAUCUUCCAAGGAGAGAGCUCAGAUGUUCUCUCAGACAAUCUGGGAAUGUGUGUGUGCUGCAAACCAGGGGAAAUGCAAACUUCAGAGCUCUUGUAGCAAAGCUGGGUGAGGCUGCAGCACACGUCACAAGAGCUGUUCUGUCUUGCACUGCAGCACCGGGGAGGCUGCUGUAACACAGAGCAGCCCCGUGGCCUUCCUAUGUUAUGCCAGGCCCCAUUUCAGCCCCACUGGCAGACUGGGAUCAGAAGGGCACAGAGAUGGCUGUGUUCCCCCUCAUUUGCUUUGGGUUGUUCUUCCUGGAGAUGCAGCAUGAGAAUUCACCCCGGAUUCCUCUCUGUUCUUCAGGACCAGGGGAGAAUCACUUCCAUCACAGAGCGGGGUGGAAAGGAAGGCUAGCCCAAGGGUUAAGAUGUGAGCCUGGAAUGUGGGAGACCUGGCUCUGCCACAGACUAUCUGUGUGACCUUGGUCAAAUCGCUUCAACUUUCCUGGUCUCAGCUCCCCACCUCUGAGCUGGAGAUGAUAAUAACCCUCCCCUUCCUUCCAGGGGUGCUUUGGGGACAGAUUGUGAGGGACUCAGAUACUAUGGGAGCUGUGAAAGUGCCUGAGACAGAAACUCCAAUGUCCGUAAUAGGGCGAGCUGGGUUGAGCCCCCUGAUGGGGAAGUGAGGUUCAUUGGGCAGGUGAAAAAUGACAUGAAUCCUAAGGGGUUGGGAAGCUUGAGCCCAGCCCCCACUGUGCUUCCUGCCCUUUGGAAACCCGACUCUGGCUGAACCAGUUUCUGAUGCGCUUUGGCUGAGUGCAGCCAACUUUAAGGAUUUUAAGACAAGCCUCAUGAUAUUUGGUGGGUUUCUUAAAGCCCCAGCUCCAGGGACCACGUGAAUCUCAGAAACAAAUGAUAAGUCACUUUCCAGCCCUUGCAGUUGAAGAGGAAAAGAUUGAAAAGGUCUUCCAGUUUUCAUCCUGACGUGAUCUCCCAGCUGGAACAAGAGGAAGAGCCGUUGGGUCCUGGAUCUCCCAAGGCUCUGAGGAAAGAGGGACCCUGAGAAACGUUCAUACAGUCCCCUUUCUGAGGUUGCCUCUCCCUGGCACAGGGGACGAUUCCUGUCUGGAUACUCCCUCUAUCCCGGCAGGUGAUGGGAUGGUGAGUGAAAACGAGGAGACGAAUCCUAAGCAGGAAAUCCCUGAGCAAGUGGAACCACAUGGGACAGCACUGGGACCAUCCAAAGGGAACAUUUCCUGGAGGGGUGAGCAGGAAGCAACCUGCGAGGGUCGGUGCGGGCUGGAGAGGCAGCAGGGAACCCCCCAGUGAAGAGACGAGGUAACUCCACUCAGAGAGGUUUGAAGGACCGCAGUGAAACCAUGCUCCAGCUUAGAACCCGCACUAAAGAGAAACCGUAUGAAUGUCCUGAGUGCGGGAGGAGCUUCACUCGCAACUCACACCUUAUUGUGCAUCACAGGAUCCACACAGGAGAGAGGCCCUAUGACUGCCUGGACUGUGAGAAGGGGUUCACUCAGGGUGCCGACCUGACGAAGCACCAGAGAACCCACACAGGAGAGAGACCCUAUCGCUGCCCUGAGUGCGGAAAACAGUUUGCCACUUUCUCCUCCCUUAUUUCACACCGGAGACUUCACACGGGAGAGAGACCCUACAAAUGCCCCGAGUGUGGGAAAAGCUUCAGUGCCAGCUCCAACCUUAUUGUGCACCAGAGAACCCACACUGGGCAGAGGCCCUGGACAUGCCCCGACUGUGAGAAAAGCUUCAGCGUGAGCUCCAACCUUAUCGCCCACCAGAGGAUCCACACGGGAGAGAGACCCUAUAAAUGCCCCGAGUGCGGGAAAGAGUUCACUCAGAGCUCCCACCUCAUUUCCCACCAAAGAAUUCACACGGGAGAGAGACCCUACGAAUGCCUCGAUUGUGGGAAGAGCGUCAGCGAGGGCUCAGACCUUACUAAGCACCAGAGGAUUCACACGGGAGAAAGACCCUAUAAAUGUCCUGAGUGUGGAGAAAGCUUCAGCCAGAGCUCCAGCCUGAUUAAACACCAGAGAGUCCACACCAGGAAAAAACCCCUAUAACUACCCUGAGUGCGGGAUAAGUUUCCAGCUGAGCUCCACCCUUAUUGCUCAUCAGAGAAUCCACGCAAGAGAGACUCUAUAAAUGUCCAUUCUGUGGGGAAGGCUGCAAGUGGAAGAUCUCUCUAAUGUCCCACUAGACACGCCACAGAGAAGGUGGCAGGAGCUCUCCCUGAAUGUAAUGAUUCUAUGCCCUGCUGACGCAACGUACAAACGUGCUUCAUUUCAGGAUGGUCUAGGUAGAGGGGGGCCAGGUGGAUGUUUUGGGUUUCAGUGUGGCCAGAGGAGGGAGCACUGGGUACUGGGGAGACGGGUUAUUUCAAGGUCUGCGUGGAGCAGGUGUUGAAAUUAGUGAGGAGACAUUUCUGCAGGGGCCACACACACUUGCCAGGUCAGAGAAGAGGUGAAGAUGCCCCAUUGCACUUUGCGUCCAUGUUGUCUCUGCAGCUCCCAAAGCCUCUCAGGGUGGGGGUGAGGGCAGGGGAUGCUGUUGUUAUAAUUAUUGGUGUCAUGGCCCAUGACCCUCUGCACCAGGCACUGUGCAAACAUGGAAUGAAAAGCCAGUCCCUGCCCCAAAGAGUUUACAAUCUAAGUGGAGAAACGGGACAACAGAUGGAGACGGACAGAUGGGGGGCGGGGAUCCAAGAAAGAAGACAGUAUUGGUAGCAUGACGGGUAGCAUGCUCAGCAUACCAGCACCCUAACCACUGUCAGGUUUUUUUGCAGGCCUCACAGCAAAGGAGAGUUUUAAGUUUUUCAGGGAAAGAGUGGGGGGCCCUGUGGGUCCAUAGUAUAAAGCAACAAGAGCUGCUGAUCCGAAGUGAGAGGAUGGACUCUUAAAUGCAGGGGCUGGAGACUGGGGAAUUCAAGGGGGAGAUUCCCAGAGAGAUGGGAGAUUGCCCUGUUCCUGAGAGUGCAGUAUGGUGUAGUAGUGAGAGCAGGGGGAAUUGGGCCUCAGGAGUCCUGGGUUUAGUUCCUAGCUCCAAGCGGGAGUGUGAUCUAGUAGUUAGAGCAGGGUGGGGGUGACUGCUGAGCUCAAUAACCAGCUCUGCUAGUGUCACUUCAUCCCAAUCACUUCCUCUCCUUUCUCUGCGUGUGCCUCUUCCAUCUGUGCAAUGGGGAUAAGUCACACACCAUCCCAGGGAGUCGUCACUAAUUACUGUGUGUUCAGAGGCUCAGGAGGACAGAGGUGCCAAGGGAGGGGAAGUGUCAUUGUUACUGUGUUUCAUUAUUAUCUGAUCCUCUCCCAUCCCACCCCAGCUGUCUCAUUAGUGGAAGGGAUUUACUGAGCUGAAGGGGAGGGUUUCAUCUGUUUCUAGGGAGGGGCUCAGCUCACGUUGUCACAUACUGGGCUUAUUCCUGAACUAACUGCCCUGGGAGGGCUUUUCUUUUUGUUUCUGGAUGGGGCAGGGGAGAGGUGGGGUCCUGUUUUUUUGGUUUUCUGCAAUAGCAGAGACUGGAUCGAAUGACACAGAAGCCCCCUUCCAGUUCUAUGUUCCUGCUUCUGGAAACGCAAGUUUCAGAGGAAUGUUUAUGUCUUGCUAAAGUUUUUACCUAAUUGGAUUUUGAUUUUCCCAGAUAAAUUCCUAAUAAA